CCUUUUAAGAAUAGAAUACAUAUUCAAACUUUGAAAGAAAUCCACAAAUAAACUAGAAAGCUGUUGGUUGAGGUGAUAGUAAUCUUGGGUUUAAUUCCAUUUGAUUAUGGUGGAAAUAGGAAGAGAAUUUUGGUUUAUCUUAUAAGUUUUCGGGAGCUUGUGAGCAUGAAUUGAAGAGGAUUUUAGUGGAAAGAGAUGAAUGUGAGCCAUGCCUCGGUUCAUCCAGAGGAAGAUCCGCCAACCACCGACGGCACCGGCGGAGGUAACAACAAUGAGUUGCCGGGAGUGAGGAUGAAGGAUGUUCAGGGAAUGCCUGGUACGCUAGGUGGGCUUGUGUUGUGGAUAUGUCAGUUUGCUUUUGCAGUUGUGGGACUUUGUGUCAUGGCUACCACUAGUGAUUUCCCUCCAGUUACUGCCUUUUGCUUCCUUGUUGCUGCAACUGGCUUGCAGAGUUUGUGGAGCUUAUCGUUAGCUAUUAUUGACAUUUAUGCCCUUUUAGUGAGGCGUUCCUUGCAGAAUUCUCGUGUUGUUACUUUGUUUACUAUUGGUGAUGGAAUCACAUCAACUCUCACAUUUGCUGCAGCUUGUGCUUCUGCCGGCAUUACCGUUCUCAUCGACAACAAUCUUGAUAGCUGUGCCCAAAACCAUUGCACUCAGUUCGAAACCUCCACUGCAAUGGCCUUCGUUUGCUGGUUUACUGCAUUACCUUCGUUUCUCUUGAACUUUUGGUCACUUGCAUCCCGAUAGAAAGGAACGCUGGAAAUCGAAGUAGAAAGGGGUAUGAAUCGUUUUGUUAUGCCAAAAACCUUUCCCUUGUAGCAUUGUCCACUGCCUCGAAGUGUUAUUUUCGAGUUUGUAUAGGCAUUAUGAAUAGCAGUUGCUUGAAUUUAAGCUGUUGGAGGUGGAAUGAUUGGAUCACAUUGAUGUAAACAUGUAUGUUUUUCAAGUACUUGGUCGUGUGUUUGUGGCUCAAUUUUAUGUAAAUAUUGAGCUUCUCCUUGUUUUUAGAUUAAUUGCACUAGAUGUCCCCAAACUAUGGACCUAAUUUUAAACUGGUCCCUAAAAUUCAAAGCCUUGCAAUUGAAUCUUCAAGCUAAAA